AUGGAGAACGGCCAAGCUUCGUUGAGGAUGCAGGUAGACGUGAAAGAUCGGCUGGACCAUAUUUGUCCCGGAAAUGGCUUCUCAACCUCCAGUCCACGACGGAUUAUGGAGACGAGCGGCUUCAGCGAUUCACAGUUGACCGUCAGGGAAGCAGUCAGCCAGCUUUGUUCCCAAUUUCCCAACACAUACUGGCAAGAACACGACCAGAACGAGCAGGAUCCAGCAGAUUUUCAUGCUGCACUCGCCAAGGACGGGUGGCUUGGAAUUGCCCUACCAGAAGCAUUGGGAGGUUCCGGGCUUGGAAUCUCAGAGGCAGUCAUGAUGCUCCAGGCCAUCACGGAGAGCGGAGCAGGUAUGGCUGGCGCCCAGGCCAUCCACGCCAACGUCUAUGCGACACAGCCACUGGCUAAGUUCGGGACCAAGGAGCAGCUGGAGACCACAAUCCCGAACAUCAUCUCGGGAAAGUGGCGCGUUUGCUUUGGAGUGACGGAGCCCAAUGCUGGCUUGGAUACACUUCGGCUGAGUACGACGGCGAAGAAACUGGACGACAGGUCCUACAGUGUCACAGGACAGAAGAUUUGGAUCACAUGUGCUCAGGUUGCCUCCAAGAUGAUCCUUCUCGCUCGAACAACACCUCUCGACCAAGUUCGCAAACCAAGCGAAGGCCUCUCCCUCUUCUGCAUUGAUCUCGACCGAACGAAGCCUGGGCUGGAUAUGCGAAGGAUCAAGAAGAUGGGUGGCCGGGCGGUAGAUGCAAACGAGGUCUUCUUCGACAACUACAACAUCCCAGCGGACAGUCUGAUCGGGACUGAAGGACAAGGCUUCAAAAUCGUUUUGCACGGGAUGAAUGCCGAGAGGUGUCUCCUUGCCGGGGAGGCGCUUGGUCUCGGCUAUGCGGCCUUGUCGAGAGCGGCGAGUUAUGCUCGCGACCGCGUUGUCUUCCAGCGCCCCAUUGGCAUGAACCAGGCGAUUGCCCAUCCACUCGCUGAUGCGGUGAUGCGGCUCGAAGCGGCCAAGUUGGCGACGUACCAUGCGGCGCAGCUCUACGACAAGUCCAAGUCCGACUCUUCCAUUCGACAAGACGAUGUCGGCGUUGCGUGCAACAGCGCCAAAUACCUGGCAGCCGAGGCGGCAUUUACAGCAUGCGAGCGAGCAGUGCUUACCCACGGGGGCAUGGGGUACGCGGCAGAGUAUGAUGUCGAGCGAUGGUUUAGAGAGUGCCUGGUUCCGCGGAUUGCGCCGGUGUCGAAGGAGAUGAUAUUGAAUUACAUCAGCGAACGGGUGCUCAAGCUUCCACGGACCACCUCACGCCUGUAUCCACGGCGGUCGCGCCGGCAACCAUCUGCGGGAGCAUCUACAUCCGGGAGUCCGGGGCCAUCCGUCGAGAACACUCGGACUCCGCCAACAACCAUCCAUGCAGCUCCGGCAGCAAACUUGAGUCCCACGGACCCAGUGUUGCAACCCCAAUCCUCUCAAGUUGGACUUCAAGCUCAGACCAACACACCUGCGCCAUCCGCAGCUUCGGUGCCCGGCACCCUCUUCUUUGGGGAGUCGAAUUUCCUCACUCUUGUACCCGGACGCGCGCAGCCAGGAGACGAGCCCGCGACGGCUGGAGCCACCAGUCACGAGAAGGGACGCCUGCUCUUCCCCCACACGCACACGGCAACGCCACAGUCGCAAGGGAAAGGAGAGUCGCCCGUCAGCAUCGCCCAUCUCAGUGCCGGGACUGCUCGCUAUCUCCGCGACGAGGGAGCCUUGACGUUCCCGGACCAUCGGAGCUGUCUCCCUGCGCUUCAAGCCUACUUCACCUGGUUCCACCCGUGCUUUCCGGUAGUGGACCGUUCAGACAUUGCUCGCCGGCUGCCAACCAUGGACAUUUCCCGCCUUUUACUCCAGGCGAUGCUCUUCAUCGGUGCCACCUAUUGCGACGAUUCGACUAUUCUAGAGAUGGGGUUCAAGGACCGAACAGAGGCCAAGUCCUUGCUGUACACCAGGGCGAGGCUGCUCUUCCAUGCCGACUGGGAGAAGGACGAGAUCACGCUCAUACAAUCACUAUUUUUGGUCAGCUUCUGGAGGGGCGACAAGUUUGACGUUCGAGAUGUCCGGUAUUGGUUGGGUGUUGCCAUCACGUUUGCAGAGUCAUACGGCCUGCACAGAUCGACACGAACCACUACCCAAGACUCUCGGAUGGCUCGCAUGCGGAGGAGGAUAUGGUGGUCGAUAUAUGUUCGCGAACGUCAAUCAGCCGCUUCUUUGGGCCUGCCCAGCCGUAUCCGAGACGAAGACUGCGACAUUGAGCCAUUGAGUGUCUCGGAUUUUGAGUCACCCGACGACAGCAUUGUUGGCAGUUUCUUUGGUUCGUGUAAAUCAGAACAUAUCACCUACGCCAUGAAGAUGGUUGAGCUCGCCAGGCUACUUGGAAAGGUCAUUGACCUGCACUUUGUACCCGGACGCCCACCUUCGACUGCUGAAGAGGUUCAGAAUCUUGACCGAUCUCUGGGAGCCUGGAGGCAAAAUCUGCCCGAGAACAUGAAGGGCGAAUCCGAGGGUGGCGUUACCUCUGUGUGGACGUGUCUCCUGCAACUAGCCUACAACCAUCUGCGCAUUCUUAUAUACCGGAACGCUUUCCUCCGAAACACGGAAGGUGACUGCAGCAAGCAGGUUGCCUUGACCGCCGCCUGCCAAAUCAGCAGAACCGCCGAGGACAUGCUGUCGCAAGGAAUACUGCGCUAUGGCCAGAUGCAUUUGAUCACAAGUCUAUUUGCUGCGCUGUGUAUCCACGCCAUCUCUAUCAGGCGAGCAGCAGGCGUCCUGAGGCGAAUCGCAGAACAUCGUGCACAGAUGUGUCUUUUAGGCUUGAAGGAGAUCCAGAAAUACUGGAGGAUCAACAACAAUGUCCUGGACCUGUUCUUGCAAUACUUGGACGACUCGAUUGCCAAGCGGCUGCAUGGAAAUCAAGCCGACGCCACCACCACCACAAACACCAUCACCACCACAGAGAAUGGUCCCCCCUUAGUAGCUGGCAGAACCGACUCUACAGACGAAGGCCCAGUAAGGACAGGUGCGGAAUUCUUCGAAGACCAAUGGUCCAGUUUCCUAAAUGGCCACUGGGGGAGCGACGAUGCGCCGAGCGACCUGGGGUUUUUCCUAGACCCUCAACUUCACGACAAUCCCACCCAGGUUGAGGGGAUGGACUUUCUGGAGAGGUCGCUCCGACUCGAGACAUGUGGGGUCAACGAACUCGGCUUCUCGGAGAGGCCGGCAACCCUACCGCACAUGUCGAUUGGAAGUAUCCGCCCUGUACUGCGUGCCUACUACAGGAUAGGCUCCCGACGGCUUACCACCAGUGCGGCGGACGCUGCGGAGCAACUUCUGCACAACUUCUCUGGCCAGACCAUCACUCGACGACAGAUACUCGACGCCAACCAGCUGCAAAAGCUGAGUUUGACUCUUAACCGCACGCACAUCUACCCGGAACAGGACAUCUCGGCCGAACCGCCAGCGACGGGCACCCCAAUUCCGCCGGGCUACCACCUGGUGUACUUCACCCCGGAUGGAGUUGAAGGCCAACUCGGGGCUGACGGGACAGACCAAACAUUCAAUGCCCCAUUGCCCUUCUCGCGGCGAAUGUGGGCGGGCGGCAAGAUGCACUGGAAUGCCGAUUCUCCCCUCCGAGUAGGGGAAGAGGCCGAGGAGCGGACAAGGCUCCUCAGCGCAACGGCGAAGAAAAGUCGCAGCGGUGGCGAAAUGGUGCUAGUCGAGGUCGAGAAGGAAUUAUGGGGUAAAAAGGGUCUCGCCAUGACGGACCAGAGAUCGUGGAUAUUCCGGACUGAGGCGACCUCCACCACCACUUCAACGGGUCCGGGAGGCCAACAGCGACAGCAGCCUUCUUUAGCCUCAGUCCUGUGGACCUUGUUUUUCUUCUUCCUUUCCCCGUCCCACCGUGCUCAUCAUCCAUUUACCACAGGCUUUCCUAAGCGACAGCUUCGCUGGUCGCCUGUGGGUCUCUUUCGCUUCUCGGCGUUGACGUUCAACGGCCACAUGAUCCACUACAACGAACAUUGGACAAAGACCGUGGAGGACCACCCAGCCGUCAUCGUCCAUGGUCCUCUGAACCUCAUCAACAUCCUGGACUAUUGGCGGGAUGUUCAUGGGCACGGGUCACAACCUAAACAGGUCACCUAUAGGGCCAUGUCUCCAAUCUACGCCGGAGAAAGCUAUUCAAUCGGGACCCAGGAGGUGCGGGAGGAGAAUGACGGAGGGAAACUAUGGGAAAUCCUGGCCAUGAAGAACGGUGUCACCUGCAUGAAAGGCGAAAUCCUAGGCAGUGUGUCAUAA